UAACCGUCAGCGCCGACCACAGACUUCUAUAAUAGAAGUCUGUGGCGCCGACAGCAAUUUUGGAACACACAGCCGUUAGACGUAAAAUUAUUUCUGUGUCCUAUUUUCAAAAUCAAUUCGAAAAAAAUUGGAGUAAUAAUUAAUCAUUAAUUAUAAUGGAUGUUAUACGAAAUUUACAAUCAUUUCUGAAGUAUUGGUACUUCCGAUAUUCGCUCAUUACCGAAUUGUACAUGGUAGAAGAAUGGGAAAGGAAUUUUAUCAACAUUUUUCUUUUAAUAUUGUUUUCUCUUUUCUUUGUUUUCAACUACAAAGGACUCCUGCCAAUCACGCAAUACGUUUUAGGAAAUUUAUGACUUUCCUGCAACUUACAAAAAUUAUACUAUUUCGACAUUCCAAUAGAUAUUAUAAAUUAAGGUUGUAAUCAUGUAAGAAAUAUACUCUAAAAAUAUUCAAAAUAUAAAUUUUAAAUAACCAA